GUGCUAAAUUUUAAUGUGGAGAUUUACAAAAAGUUAAAUAGCUGAUUUUGUUCAUUAUCGUUAACAACAAUUACCAGAAGGUUACACAUAAAAUGAAGAAAUGAAUAUCAUAAAUCAUUAUUGCUGUAAUUUACUGCCAACUUUAUUUAAGAAUGAAAAAAAUUAAUAAUUAACUUUAAUUUCUUAUGCUGCAGUACUAUUUAAACGAUAUUAUAUGAUAAAAACAAUAUUUGAAUAAUCUGGAAUGCAUUAAAUGCUAUUAUUUUGUAGUUAUUUAGGAAUGAAAUUAAAUGGAGUAAUAUAAUAAUUCAUUUUAGCUUUCUUAAUAAUCAAUUGCUAUUCAAGCAUAAUAAUUAAAAAAGAAACCAAAACAUGAACGUUUUCAUCAUUAUGGAGAUGAGUUUUAUGCUAAAUAUGAAAUUUUGAUAGUACAAGCUUUAGGCUAUGAUAUUGAUGUAAAGCCGAUUUAUCCUAUUAUUCAAUCAGCAAUCUUUAUUUAUCAAAUAAAAGAUCUUUUAGAAUAAUCUCUAUUCAUUAGAUGUGAAAAGAAAAUUGAAGAAUAUUUUUUAAAAUCUCUAUAGGGUUUUACAAUAUUUACUUAUAAGGAAAGUGAGAUUGCUUUGGCAAUUGUAGAAUGUAGUUUACAAUCAAUCUUUUCUGAAAUUCUAUCACCACAUAUAUCUUUAGGAGGGAUCAAACCAUUAAAGUAAUUGACAAUAGAAAAAAUAAAAAAAUAUUAUUAAGAAUAUAAACAGAAUGGGACCUUGAUAAUAGAAUAAAUAGAUUAAAGAGAUAUAUCUAUAGCAAAUCAUUCUUAAUAGAUUUAAGAAGUGGUUCAAUUGCUUUAAGAAAUCAAAGACAUUUCAAGAGAAUUUGAGAAAAAUUAUGAACGCUAUAAGUAAAGAAAGUAGGUAGUCUUUUCACUACCAAUGAGCGUAGAAUUUUUGGAUGUGAAAAAAUAAGUAGCCUAUAAUUGA